CUAAAUGUUGUUCCGAAACACAUUUCAUUGGCAUUAUGCUCCUCUCCAUUCAAGAACAUAAAUGACUUGUCUUGAUUCGCCUCCAGAUGGGCUCGCUUGAUCUUGCUCUUGUACUUGAAAUCUCGUAUUGCCAAAAGCACCUUGUUCUGAACCUGCGAUUGUUCAAUUGGCGUCCAGUACAUAUUCCUUUGGUCCCACUUCAGAAAUUUUCCUCCCUCGGCCUCGGUUUCCUCAAUAAUCUGCGCGGCCAAUUCCGACCGAGUUUUCUGAAUGAUGUAAGACGGAAUCUCGUGUUUUUGUUCCAUGAGGCAACGGAAUCGGACGUUUCCUGGGUGGCAGUAGAGGGAAGUUCCUGUUCGAAAUAUUACGUCAUUCAAUCCCGGGCACUCGAUGAAAUUCAGGGCCAUUUUAGCAUGGUCACUUAAUUCUUGUGCAUUAUCUAUAAUGCGUCGGAGUUUCAUCCAUUGCUUUAAAUAAAUCGUCUUUAUAUUUCCAGUAUCUGUGAUUGGGAUGAGUUCCGCUGGAAUCCCGAAUGUUUUCAGGGAGUACAAGAGUUCUAUGGGUUGGCCAGCAUGGAAUUUUAGCCGUCCCAAGUAGUGGGGCAUCGUCAGAAUAGUGAGUGUUCGAAAGACUCUCAAGAACGGAGUGUUCAAUUCAUUGCUAGGCGAACAAAAGUGGAUGGAGCACGUUCUUAAUGGCAAAUUCCCGUAGAUUCGCUUCAUGAACAUGAUCCGGUCAAGUUUCACAUUACUUUUCUUGUCUGCCGAAGGAGUAUUGGUCCCGGGCCAAAUAACAGAGAUGAUGCCCUUCCUCUGGGUUUCCACAUCCUCUGAUGCAGCAAGAAUGAUAUAAAUAAGAAUUUUUACC